UAAGGUGGUCUAGGUGUCUCUUUCAUAUGUGUAUUUAUUCGAUGGUAAGUGAGAGAAUGGGUUAGUUCCUACCAUACGUUUUCAUGGUUCGGAUUUCGCAAACACAACAACAAGUUUGUCGGAAAUUAGACAGUGUUAUGUUGGACAUGUAAUAAGUUUCAAAUUUUCUCGUGGAAAAGGACAAAAAUUUUAUAAUUUGUUAUUAGGUUGUGAUCUAGCAAUAAGAGCUGUCGAGUAACAGGGUAGAAAUGUUAAAAUCUUUGCCCAGCAUCUUCCUGGUUCUUUCUUUCAAAAUUUACUCGCCAAUCAACACAUUGCCGUUUAACGAAAAGUAUGACUACAAGGAAGCCCUAAGUUUGUCACUACUUUUUUACGAAGCCCAAAGGAGCGGCCCUUUGCCACCUGACAACAGAAUCCCUUGGAGGGGGGACUCUGCCCUCCACGAUACAGGACAAAACGGAGAGGACUUAAGCGGGGGUUAUUAUGAUGCGAGCGAUUUUGUCAAAUUUGGAUUUACCAUGACCUUCAGUACAACCCUCUUGGCGUGGGGAUUGCUUUCAUACAAAGAUGCGUACAAAUAUGCAGGUCAAUAUAAAUAUGGGUUGGAAGCUGUCAAAUGGGCGACUGAUUAUUUCGUGAAAUGUCACCCAAGCGCGUACGAGUUUUACGGUCAAGUGGGCGAUUUCAGUACGGACCACAGGUUCUGGGGAAGACCCGAGGACUUAAACAUGUCAAGGCCUGCUUAUAAAAUUGAUAAAGAUCAUCCAGGUUCGGACUUGGCCGGGGAAGCAGCAGCCGCAUUGGCUGCCUCAAGCCUGGUAUUCCGAGAAACCAACAAAACAUACGCUGAUAUUAUUCUAAAACAUGCAGAAGAGUUAUUUGACUUUGCAACCACCUACAGGGGUUUAUACAACGACGUUAUACCUGGUGCUAAAAAAUUUUACGAGGUUUCUGGAUACGGGGAUGAAAUAACCUGGGCUGCAAUAUGGUUAUACAAAGCAACAAGAAAAUUAAAAUAUUUAGAACAAGCAGAACAAUAUUAUACAGAAUUUCGACUUAAAGAAAGACCAAAUGAAUUUUUCUAUAAUAAAAAAGUCGCCGGACUGCAAUUACUUUUGGCGUUAGAAACUAAAAGACCGGAAUAUAACAACGCUAUACUUAACUUUUGCAACUUUACCAUAUAUGAUCAAAAGCGUACCCCAAAGGGGUUGAUUUAUAUAGACAAAUUCGGUACACUAUCGCAUGCGGCAAACGUAGCCUUCGUUUGUUUACAGGCCUCUGAAAUAGAAGAAUAUGGAAGCAAUUUUGUUAAUUUUGCAAGAGAACAAAUUGAUUAUGUUCUUGGUUCUGCUGGUAGAAGUUUCGUUGUUGGAUAUGGUAAAAAUUACCCCAGGAAACCCCAUCAUUCAGCAAGUUCUUGCCCUGAUCGCCCCCUCCCCUGUGGUUGGGACAAUUACCAUUCAAAGGACCCUAAUCCCCAAAUUCUUUAUGGGGCUGUUGUUAGUGGGCCGGACGAAAAUGAUUAUUACGAAGACAGCAGAGAAGAAUUUCUUUACAACGAAGUUACUUUAGAUUAUAAUGCAGGAUUUCAGGGGGUUGUAGCGGGGUUAAUUUAUUUCGAUAAUAAAGACAAUUCUAAUACGAUAGAAAAAAAAACAUCGCCCUCUCAUGAUGAUUUGAAAUUACUUAAUGCGUAGAUAAGUGUAAAAUACGAAAAAGUUGUUGUUCAAAUAUUUUUUUUUUGUAGUAGUUUUAAGUAAAUGAUGUAUUUGUACAUGAGUGUUAUUGUUUGUGAUAUAUGCCGUUGCGAAAAGUAGUUAUCAUACAUUAAUAAAAAACGGAAUUCCAAAAAAGUAUAAGGAAACUACAAAAUCAAAAUUUUUAUAAUUCCUCAAAAAAUAUACUCUUGUGGCUGUGCUAAACGUAAGAAAUUUAAAUACAAGUUUUUUUACAGUAAAAA